AUGACUAUUAAUUCAUUUCGUUUAUUCUCUUCUCUCCCUCCGGAAAUCCGACACGAAGUGUUCCUCUUGGCUACACCGAGCCGCAUCGUCCAUGUUUCGCAACAGCAUGAAGACAUAGAUGACUUCGAGGAGCGGUUCAACGACUUAGCUCCGUGUCAGAUUAAACUACAUCCAUCCUUAACCUAUUUUGCUCGGAACUGGCGCGAUCGAAUCUUGUCGUAUAAAGAUCUUCGGUCGCAGAGGAAAUUGGAGUGUUACGGGUUUUCAACCUCGCGUCCAGUACAACGUCCAUGGGAGCCCUCUCAGUUAACUCCCGAGAUUCCUAUUCAUUGGUUAUUCGAACAUCCAGAUGUCGCAUAUGAGCUCCUCGGGAAGAGCUACCUCUAUAGUAAAGCACCUAUUCCGGCGCUUCUUCAUACGUGUGUAGAAUCGCGACGCGUGCUAAUCAAUGCUGGAUACCAGCUUGCGUUCGCGUCUCGUAACCACCCACCAAUGACUUGGUUCAACUUCAAGAACGAUGUGCUCUGCCUCAAAUAUGAUAAAACAAGAGAGUACUUCAAUCUAUUAGAUAAUGGCUCAUGGGGCACUGGAAAUUUUGAUACACAGAGCUUACAGCAAGUUCGAAAACUAGCAAUAGAUAUGGCACCCCCCCUAUUAACCCCAGGCUAUGAAUAUGACACGGAGGAUUGCGUUUUGAGAACACUUCGAUUACUACCUAGGCUUGAAAAGAUAUAUGUCGUUGAAUGGAGCUUAUCAGACUUCGACGACCACCUCGUCCGGAAAUCGGCGAGGUCAUCAGCGCCAAAUUCCCUAGAUGCGGAUACAGAACGAGACCCAGUUUCAUAUGGGCGCGAAGCCUGGCGAUUUAUUCCCAUUGAAGAAGUUGACGCAUUGUUCUCAUUAACCGUUCAAUACCCUUACGAUUCCUGGGACAUCGGCUGUAUGGGCUACGGUGCAUGGCCCAUGGCGAAUUUCGAAGGACUUCCUGGCGAAUACUUCUCAUACGUAAGAGAAUAUACUAAGAACUGUAUCAGGGUUGAUAUGGAUAGUGUGGCAAAGGAAGAAUCCAGAGCCCCCUAUCAGGUACCCGAGGUUGAAUUUGGGCAUAUCUGUACGGAGGCCGUGGCUAAACGGCUAUUUAACGAUCGCCAGGAAGUGUGGAGGCAAUACAAGUUGUUAAUCAAUGGAAAAGAGCCACCUCGGCCCAGGCCGGUAACACCAACUGAUUUAUAUUGGCAAGACGACUGGGAAGCAUUUUACGCAGCUCACUGCCCUUACGAUUACGAGGACGAAACGCAUGCCGCAAGGUAUUUGCUAAAGCAUAGGAAAGUUAAUCAGCCGAGAAGAGAACUGCUAACGGAGCCAUGA